UAAUUCGAACAAUAAAAUAAAAUAAUAACAGCAAUAGGCUCAGAGUACUGGCAAUUAAGUCAGUAUCAAGCCCUUAGCUCUUAUUUGCUAGUUUUCUCACUUAAUUGAUAAAAUAAAAAUAGAUGAAUAUCAGGAACGCUUUUAAUACGUUGCUCAAGUUGAUUACGAUUCUUCUAAUAUACAUAUACGUUCUUAAGAAAUAAUAAAAAUAUGAAUGAUACGUGUAGACUUUUUCCAAACUUUUUUACAGUCUUACUUGAUAAAUAUGCCGAUAACAUACUUGAUUAUUACUGCGUUUAAAUAAAGAAGGUUAAGAUGAUGUAAAGCACUGAAUAUAUUAUAAUACAAACGAGCAUAAAUGCGUAUUUCCACGUUCUAGCCUCGCGAAUAUGUAUAGCGAAUAGAUAGCAACACAUAUAUACAUAUACGUCAUUAUCACUGCACUAUGCAUGGGCAAAAUACAAGAUUUGUUUGAUAAAUAAUGCAAUAGACUUGGAUCAAUCGUAGAUGCGAGGGUCUUUUCAGUAGAUAAAGUUCCGUGGUUGCUCUAUCGUCACGAUGACGGACUCUCAGAGUUACGACAGUGCUGUACAUAAUUUGACAAUCGAACAAAAGGAAUAUGCAGCAAAAGUUUUAAAUGAGACCGACGAGAAUAGAGAAAACGCUAUAGCGGAGAUUAAACGUUGGAUUCAAGAGAACGACUUACGCGCCCGAACUGAUGACUUCUCCAUUUUGCGAUUUCUGAGAGUCUGUAAAUUUGACAUCGAGAAUACUAAGACCAAGUUGCGAAAUUAUCAAAAGCAGCGAGUUAAACUACCGGAGUGGUAUGCGAAUAGGGAUCCGCUACAUCCGAAACUACAGGCAUUGCUCGAUGUGGGAAUUUGUUUACCUUUGCGAAAGUUGGAUGAUCAAGGAAGAAUGGUUAUCAUCGGGCGCCUUAUGCAUAAUCCAAACAUAUUUACAUUAUCAGACGCACUUAAGGUCUCAUCUAUGGUCUUAGAUGUGGCUAUAAGAGACAGCGUUGAAGCAUCCUUGUACGGUUUCGUAAUAAUUAUAGAGUUAGGACACGCAACUUUGCAUUAUAUCGCUCAAGUGACACCUCGCAUUAUAAUAAAUCUAAUCCACGCAUGGCAGGGUUGUUACCCCGUAAGAAUUCAAUUGCUUAACUAUAUUAAUACGCCAGAAUUUACUAAACAAAUUAUAGCAAUUACCGAGCGAUACUUCUUGAGCAAAAAACUCAAACAAAGAUUGCGUAUCUACACGUAUAGCACGACGCGCAAUUGUUUUAUAAAUAUGCCAGCUAAUAUCUUACCUGUUGAAUAUGGUUUAAUUUUUAUGAUAAGCUUGUUUCAUCCAUCUUAAUCUCGAUUUGUAAUUUAUACAACGAGAAUCACCAUCUGAAAACUUAUAAAUAUAUUUACACCGAAUUUCUCUAAGAAUAUCGGACCGUUUGUUACGAGAAAUCACUACAAAUGGAAAGUCAACUUUCUUCUCAUUUUAUAUUAAAUCAAGAGGUACAAUAGUGUUUCUUAUUAAAAUACGUUUACAUAAGCAUUCAAAUAUAAAAUUGUAUGUUGAAUUUUAUUGUGGAUGUAAUAACUUUAAUUCCGAAAUAUAGUAAUAAAAUAAUUAAAUUA